AUGCAUCUUAUGUACACUCUCGGACCCGAUGGCAAGCGUGUCUACACGCUGAAGAAGGUUGUUGAUGGCAAGGUCUCCAAGUCGGCUCACCCUGCUCGUUUCUCCCCCGAUGACAAGUACUCGCGUCACCGUGUCACUCUCAAGAAGCGCUACGGCCUCCUGCUCACCCAGCAAACCGAGACCACCUCGUCUUGA